UCGCGCGCGAGCAGGAUGGCUUUUUUACUCCCGCAUCCGUGUGCGUCAUCCUCGGUGAAAAUCGAGCGCAACUUUCGUGAAAAUUUCCCCGGGAUGUGCUUCGCAUCGACCAAGUGUGCGACCAUCGAGCCGACGAAAUCGUGGCAGUUGGCGCCGUUCUGCGGCCGUUCCACUUGCGUGCCCGCCGACGACAAUUCCGGCCGCCUGUUUGAAUUGGUAGAGGAUUGCGGCCCCUUACCCAAAGCCAAUCCCAAGUGCAAACUCUCCGACAAGACCAACAAGACCGCGAGCUUCCCCGAUUGCUGUCCGAUCUUCGAGUGCGAGGACGGCGCUAAGCUAGAAUAUCCGGAAAUCCCGACUUUGCCAACGCCGACCGAGGAUGCCGCGAAAGGAGAACCGGCGGCAGCGGCACCAACGGCCUAAGCCGACGAGCAACAGCAGUUUACCUUCAGGCAGAAGGUUGCGGUGUAGCCUCGACAAAAUUAAUCGGAUCUGGAUCCCUCGUGUAAUAUUGACAAAAAUUGCACAUCGGCAAACAAGCGAUCGUAAAGAACAAGAAUCGUGCAGUGAGCGUACGUUUGAGGAUUCUAAACUUGGCAUUCUCAAUGGAAAGACUUCACCUAGAAGACACCUAGCGUAACGAGAUACAUAAGCGCGCUUAAGAGAGAUGUAUGCAUAAUAUAUAAUUUAUAUAUAAAUACAUAUAAGAUACAUUGAGACCAAAUAGUGAGUUGUUAAAACUUGUACAUUACAAGCUUCUGAGUGUAACAGAAAAAUUAGUUACUUUAAUGCUCUAAUCUCCUGAAGAAGGGUAAAUUACUGUGUAAUGCUAAUUGAAUACAUUAAAAAUUUAAAGCAUCUUGAGACGAAACCGUAUGGUCGCGCGACUUCAAAAUCCCCGUUAUUCAUGUGUUAAGUGCAUGCGAUUUUACAAUAUUUUGAAUUUAUAUCGCAAGUUCUUUUAUGAUGAAAUUAAAACAGAAAAGAUUGUUUUUAUCACAUUAAUUGCUGCGUUGCGCUAGGUACAAUCACAGAUCUUUUCAUAUCCAGUUUUCUGUAAUUGCUAAUUGAUUAUGAAUCAACAUAAUUAUGCAACGUUUACGCCGAGAUCGCGACGAGGCCAUACCAUAGUAUCGCUUACUGUUCAACCAUUAUAAUUUGAAUCCAUGCAUAAUUCAAUUUAAAUUGGAUAUAAAUUCAGACCACGCCUUCGCAUACUAUGAAUAUAAAAGAUAAAAUAUGAUCUGAUGCACUCAUUUCCUUUUAGAUUUAUUUUCUCAUAAUUUUAUUGUAUAUUUUCUAUUUACAGAACGCACAUAUUAGCUUUUCUUGUAUUUUAUACAUACACAAUUAUUCGCAGUUCUGAACGUUAACAACGAAGAUUUCUAAAAUAGAAGAGCAAAGAAUUAGGAGAGAAAUAGAAAAGCGACUUUUUUAAAUAUAUAUCGUACACACACACGCGCACAUAUAUAAUUUAAUGUUAGUUUAAGAAUUAUCUAAGAAAAAGAAUUUGAUCUAAAAUAUAAAAAAUAUAUCGUGAAAAAAGAAGCACUCUGUGAUGUAAAUGAUAAUUUAUUAAAGGAAUUGAGUGCAGAUUUGAUCUUUGUAAAAUCGAACUCAUUAAAUAAAAAAGGUUGUGUUCAAGUUAUUAUAUUCAAGGUAUCUCAAUGUUUGCUAUUUCCUGUAUUAUUUUGUAUCAAAAGCCCAAUUGCAAGAGUGGUCAAUGACACACAGAUACUUUUUAUUAUAUUUUCUAUAUUUAAUCGGUACCUUUAUGUAUUCUACAAUAACAUUUAAUUAUAGUAAUGAUACUCUAUCUAUCCAAGUCAUAUCAAGCCUUCCUCAAUGCACAAUAAGAAAUCUUCAAAACAAAGUUUGGCAUAUAUGUCGUAAAUACAUGUGAUUGUAAUUAUAUGUGAUUAAAUUAAUACGUAUUUAAUUCGA